UUUUCCUUAACACGUUGCUAUUGAAAACAAAUCAAUUUUUAAUAACCAACUGCUCUCACUACUGUUAUUAAUCAGGUUUUUAAGUUUUAAGAAGCUACAGUUUUGAAUAGUACAAAAGGUUGGAAAGCACUGAUAGACAAAAAUUUGCAGACGAUAGAUGGCAGAGCGAUUUUGCAAAUUGGAAAUGAAUCAGCUGAAACUGUUAAAUUACUUGGGAUCUCGCUCGUAUUAAUCGUUCGAUUCGAACAAUGCGCGCGUUGGUUGUGAACGUUGCUUUUUAUAAAGUUUCAGCGGCCGAAUGUUGCGAAUGCCAUCCUUCUUCUGUCCGUUCUGUUUUCGACCAUCGCAUUUGACAGUUCAUCUGAUUUCGUCUAUUUCUUCACGUUGUGUUCUCUUUUAUGUUCUGGAUUAGUUCGAACGACUGUUUAGUUUAUUUCAAUUUCAUCGUCCAGUGUCUGCUGCCGAGCAUCAGCAUGGCAGGAGCGAGCGAAAGACACCUAUACCAGAAUAACGACACAAGCAGCGAUACCGAAGAUUACAACGAUGACCGCAGACGAAGAGUUUUCAAAAACCGUAUGAGUUAUGGUUCAUGUUCCAAGCCCAAACCGUGCCUUGUCUUACGCUCUUCAAUUUCGGAUCCAAGGUGUCACACUGUACCUACCCAAUGCCAUAGUGGUGCUGCCCGAAAUAGGUCUCGUGUUAUGCAAAAUGUUGGACAGGCUAAAGGCAUUUCAUGCAAUACAGUUGCCAGUGAAGACAGGAUCACGUUGGUUGUCGACAAUACCAGGUUCGUGGUGGAUCCUGCAAUAUUCACGGCGCAUCCAAACACUAUGUUAGGUCGAAUGUUCGGCUCGGGUUUGGAUAUAACGCAUCCGAACGACAGAGGGGAAUUCGAGCUGGCCGAGGGUAUUUCGGCGAUGGUUUUUAGAUCGAUUUUGGAGUUUUACAAAGGCGGCAUGAUUAGAUGUCCACCAACUGUGUCCGUUCAAGAAUUGAGGGAGGCUUGCGAUUACUUGCUAGUCCCUUUCGAUGCUCAAACAAUUCGCUGCCAAAAUUUACGUGGUUUGCUCCAUGAGUUAUCUAAUGAAGGCGCAAGAUGUCAAUUUGAAGUGUUCUUAGAGGAUCUGAUUCUGCCGUUGAUGGUGAAUUCUGCGGAGAGAGGUGAUCGCGAAUGCCACAUCGUGGUACUGCUGGACGACGACACCGUCGAUUGGGAUGAGGAGUAUCCUCCGCAGAUGGGCGAGGAACACUCGCAGACUGUAAACAGCACAACGAUGUACAGGUUCUUCAAGUAUAUCGAGAAUAGGGACGUGGCGAAGCAGGUGCUGAAGGAUAGAGGUCUGAAGAAAAUAAGAUUGGGAAUCGAGGGUUAUCCCACUUACAAGGAGAAGGUGCGUAAACGUCCUGGCGGCAGAGCGGAGGUGAUCUACAAUUACGUCCAACGUCCGUUCAUCCACAUGUCCUGGGAGAAAGAGGAGGCGAAGAGCAGGCACGUCGAUUUCCAGUGCGUAAAAUCGAAGAGCGUAACGAAUUUGGCCGAGGCCACCGCCGAUCCGGCUCUCGAAUUGGAUUCCAGAGGUAAUCCCAUUAACAAUACCAUAUCAGACCCAAUACAGAUACUGCCAUUGGAGAUGCCCCCGAUGGGUGACCACGAGGAGGGCGCCGUCUGGGGGGGCAUCAUCGACUUGGACAACGUCCCCCCAGAUGAGAACCAACUGAACGGUUAAAAUCGAAACUAUUUUAUAUAAACCUAUAUAUAUAUAUAUAUUAUAGGGGGAAAAGGGGGUGGAAUUUCAUUUAUAUAUAUAUAUAUUUAUAUGUAUGUAUAUAUAUAUACUUUCUUAAAGGGAAAUUUAGCUUGUGCACAACAGAAGAACAAAUCAAACGAAACAAAAAAAUAAUAUUGCCGCCAAAAACGUAUUUAUGCCUUAAACUUUACCGAGCGAUGUUGUGUAGCACUUAGUUUUUUUUUAUAUACAUUCCUGUAUGUUUCUUCAUUUAAUUAUUAUUUUCAUGUUACAUUUGCGCACACAUUGAUUUCUUACUUUCGUGAACCCUUGAGACUGAAAUAAGUUUAGUCUAUGUAUUAUUAUUUUUAUUAUUUUUUGUUUCAUUUGCUCACUUUUAAUGCAGUUGAAAGGUAUCAAAGAAUUAUAUAAGUUAAAGGAAUGAAUUGAUGGUGAUGAUGA